UAGUACUACAACGUUGCCACAUCAUUAUCUACCAAAAGGAUCUACUAUACYGCUGGGCUGAAGCGCGCCAUCUUCACCGUUGAUAUAAUAAAUCAUGAAUUGAUAUGCCGCUACCGAAGUAAUUGUUUUGGUGUGUCAAUUCUCUGCAGUGACGGUGUUUGGUUAAAGGGAUACGGCGGUAGCCUACCGGUGAUGAUCAACCUGAUCAAGCGGGAGGCUCCCAUGACAGCCAAACCAAGUGAUGCAGCGGAACGUACGCGUGUUUUUCUUGUGUUGGGAAACGCGAAAUGAAACAACCGGAAGCGAAAGGAGGAAAGGCUCAUGUGUAUUUAGAGAAUAUAACACCAGAAUGACUUUAUAUUUCCCUUUCGGAUUUAAGUCAUUGCAUCAGAAUUUCCAUUACGGAAUGCAACAGAAUCGGUGACCAAGGAUACUGGACGACUUGCUGGCUGCCAUCUGCUGCUCAAACAAGCAAUAUGCUAUUAGAAUCCAUCCAACGGCUUUACACUCCUAUGGAAACAGCAACUCUGGCAGAAUAUGAAGAGGGGAAAAAGGCAUUAUAUCUAGAGGAUUGGAUUUUGUGAGCUGCUGUCUGCUUUUCCWUUGCAGGCUACCAGUAACAAUAUUUUAGUUUCUCCAAUGACUCUCUAUCUGUUGUUUAUAUUGAAUUUUAGUGGUAUUUAUUUGUCUGAAACCACAUGGCUGCUGUUUGUUUUGCAUCUCUUCUGAAGAGAGAGAAACCGAUAAGAGGACUGUUCCAUGCAAUAUGCCUAUAUUCACAUCUUAAUAAAUGAUAUAAUACACAGAUGUGGAUGGAUGAGCAGUCAUACUGGAGCUAAAUAACAGCAUCGCAUCAUCUCAUUCACCUCCAUCAAUCAAAUGUUAUUMAUUAUUUAUACAACACUUAACGGCAACCCGGGACCUCAACCCCACCAAGGAGCAUCAGAGGUGACGUCAGYGGAAGAACUCUGGGGAAAUGGGAACGCCAUUCAUUCUUCAGGCAAAUGGAMGUUUAAUACAAAGGUUCUUGUUUAUCAUACAAAAUGAAGGUGUUUUCGGGCAUUAGACUAAGCAUUCACCAAGCUCAGGUGAAUGACCUCCGUCUUGACUGUGUGUGUGUGGAAUGCUGGACAUCAGAAUGAAGGAGGCGUGUCGUAUCUGCGCGAGGGAGCUCUGCGGUAACCAACGGCGAUGGAUCUUCCACCCCGCCUCCAAACUCAACCUGCAGGUGCUCCUGUCCCACGCCCUGGGGCGAGAGCUGAUCCGCGACGGCCGCGGCGAGUUCGCYUGCUCUAAGUGUGCCUUCAUACUGGACCGCAUGUAUAGGUUUGACACGGUGAUUGCCCGGGUGGAGGCUCUGUCCAUUGAACGGCUGCAGAGGCUGCUCCAGGAGAAACACCGGCUACGGGGCCUCAUCGGUGGCCUCUACCGGAAGACCAACAGGGAGGAUGGAGGCAGUGGUGGAGGGGCCAUUACUGGGCCUGGGGAUACGGGAGGAGGGGGAGGAAGGGUACAGGGGGAUGGUAUGGUGGACAUGUCCGGUCUGACCCAUGCUAAGUACUGUGCCCUGCUCCAGGAGGACUUGGUGUACUCUCUGUAUGAGUCCUGGGCUGAGGAGGGGUUAGAGUUCGGGGGUCACCAUCAUCAUCAUGGGCUUCCCCCACAGUGCGCAGGGCCUGCGUCAGAGGUGACGGCUGUGGGGUCACAGCGCUGUGGGACUGUCACGCGUUCACCCAGGAAGUGCCGAGGGUGCACGGUGUGGCGAGUGGCGGACUCAGACUACGAGGCUGUGUGUAAAGUACCCAGGAAGUUGGCACGGAGUAUUUCCUGUGACCCAUUGACGAGGUAUUCGGUCAGCGUGAUUGGAGGAGGACGUGGAAGAGGAGGGGAGAAAGAUCCAGAGGGGACCCCCUCCUCGCUCACGCUGAUCCCUGGGUCCAACCCUACGCCCCGGGCUUCGGACAGCGACCGUACCCUGGUGGGYCGAGCCAGCUCCAGCCCCUCUAUAGACUCCCUGGACAUAACCGGAGAAUCUACCCAGCUGUCUGCAAUCCAAGAUGGGGACGAGGGGCUAGAGUAUCCCCAGGACCCCCUGGAUGAUCGGUUCUCCGACUCCCUCUCCGAGGAGCACCACCUGGUGACUCCACUGAGGUCAGCCACCCGCCUCUCACUGGCCCUCUGCCUGGUCCAGAACUGUGUGUACCGGCCAGUCCAGAGCCCCAAGGGAAGCAGACUGCCUGUACUCAACAGACAGAGCCCCAGCAGCGGAGGCUCCAGACUGAGCUUCCAUGAGCCAGCCUUGGGGUUGCUGUAUGGAGGUCUGAAUGGAGAGGGGGAGAUUCAUGUCCAUGUGCCCGACCUGGAGGCCCCUCUGAUCAGGCUGGAUGGAGGGCUAGAUGGGGGUCUGGACCUKGCUGAGAUGGAGGAGCUGUGGGAGGAUCUGUAUCAUGAGUGUCCUCCCCCACGCCCCCACCAGACUCUGAUCGAGGAGCAGCAGAGCCAGUUGAACCAGUAUGAGUGUGCAGCAGGUCAGUGUGUCAGUGAGCUGCAGAAGGCCCAGCUGCAGGUCCAGUCCCUGCAGGCCAAGAGCCAGGAGAGCGAAGCCAACAACGCUAAGUUGCAGGAGAAGCUCAUUGAGAUGGAGUGUGAACUGCGUUCCAUACGCCAGGGAGCUAAUUUCCAGGAGCGCACCAUCCAAUGCCUGACCGAUUCUGUCAGUACCAAGGAUAACGAGGCCGAGGAGCUGUACCAGCUAAUUGAGGGGCAGAACGCCACACUGUGUAAGCUGAGAGAGAUGGCCCACCGCAACCAGAUCACACACACUGAGGAUCCAGAGGGGGGCAGUGAGGGUGCGAGUUUAGCCCAGCUUCAGGGUGAGUUGGUGGGGUUACAGAGCUCUCUGUUCACCCUGGGUCUGGAGCUGGAGGCCAGUCAGAGAGGCCAGAGACAGAGCCAGAGACAGGCUGAGGACCUAAGCAGAGCUAAAGACAGACUCCACUCUGACCUAAAGGAGGCACUGCAGCACAGGGAGGUCACCGACAAACACAACCAGGACUUGCGCAGUGCCCUGGCUCAGUCUGGCUUUGAGCUGCGGGCUAAAGAGGCUCAGCUGGAGGAGAGUAAGGCGGAGAGACGCACAGAAGUUCAGGAGAGAGACAAGAGCAUCACCCAGCUCAAACACUCCCUUCAGGACAAGGAGAGGCAGCUACAGGAGUACUCUGAACUCCCGGAAUCAGCAGACAGCUCCAAACCCAGAGAUGCUCUGCUGGACAAACUGAGAGAACGCAUCAGAGACAGGGACAGAGCAUUGGAGCGGUCGAUAGAUGAGAAGUUCAGUGGUCUGGAGGAGAGGGAGGAGCAGGUGAGGAGACUACAGCUGGCCCUUAGAGAGAAGGAGCGAGACCUGGAGAGACUGCGCUGUAUACUGUCCAACAACGAGGAGACCAUCACGAGUCUGGAUGCGUUGGUGCGGGGCAAGGAGCUGGAUGUGGAGCAGGCAGCCGAAGCUCACAGGAACCUGCAGUGGCUCCAGCAGCGGAGUGAGGAGAGAGAGAAGUGCACUCUGAGAGAGAGAGACACGCUCAUCAGCCAGCUACAGACUGCCCUGCAGACACGCAGCCAGGAGACACAGGACCUCACGGCAGCCCUCCUGGCUAAGGUCCAGGCAGGCCCCAGUGGGGUGGUGGAGGAGCUGAAGGCUCGCCUCGCGCUGAAGGAGAAACUGUUUCAGGAACUGCUGUCAGACCGCAGCCGCCAGAGCCACGAACACCAAGCACAGGUCCAGGACCUGCUCAGCACCAUCAGCACCAAGGACCAGUACAUACAGGACUGCUCUGAUAGGCUCUCUCAAGUGAUUGGCGAGCGGACGGGCCAGCUUCAGGAGCUUCGCAGGCAGCUGUCGUCACAGGAACGGGAGAUGAGUGAGCUUCGGAAGAAGAGCGAGAAGGAGAGAAUGGGAGAGGCAGAGCGAUUGCAGAACCUGCUGAAGGAGAAAGAGGCUUUUAUCCAGAGCCAGGAGGAGAGCAUGGAGCUCUCCACACCAGAGGGGGCAGAAGAGGUACAGGCCAUUCGGGAGGAGCUGCAGCUGGUCAGGAAGAAGGAGAAGGAGGCUCAGCUGGAGAUUUCAGCCCUGCGUUCAGCUCUAGCUCAGGCCCAGGAGCAGGCCCAGAAGCAGGGGGAUAGAUUUAAGAUCCUGGCCCCAGGAGUAGUAGCCAGGGAGCCCUCCAAAACUGACCACCAGAGUGUACUGGAGCAGUUGGUCAGUGAGUACCACAGGCUGAAUGAUGCUCUGAGGGCAGAGAAGAGGCUAUACCAGAGUCUGAGCCACAUCCAGGACAGAGGAAACAGCAGCUCAGAGAAGACCCGGGCCCUGCACACCGAACUGGACUCUGUUCAGGCACUCCGAGGGCAGCUGGAGGAGGUCCUAGCCAGGACCCGGAAGACCGCCCUGGCACUGGAGAGGGCAGCUAAGAGGCAGUCUGACUUUGGAGAGCUCAGCACGGAGGAAGAGGAGGAGGGAGAUGAUGAACAGGGCAGCACUGAUGAGUUCUCAGACAGUAUCGAAGACGAUGAGGAUAAACUGACUGCCAAAAGCCUGGCCUCCACUAAGAAAUCUGGAAUGGCCUGUGGGCAGGGGGUGCUGUCUGGAGGACCGGUGAGUGGAGCACUGUCCCAGGGGGCCAUGGGGCAGGUGAAGCAGCUGGCUGAACAGAAGAGGGCAAUAGAAGAAGAACUGGAGGAGAUGAGAACACAGCUGGAGACCACCGGCUACUCCUCCCUAGCCCAGAUGAGGAGUACACUGCUGAGGCUGCAGCAAGAGAACGAGGCCCUAAAAGAGAACCAAGGGGAGGUAGAAGGUCUAGGAGAGCUGGAAGAUCCAACAGACGCGUGCCAAGGAUGGGAACAGGAAGAGGAGGAGGAGAUGGAGGAGGAGGAAGAGGUACUACCAGCAGUGGGACCCACCCAGAGCAAGCGUGGGCCCCCAGCAGUAAGGAUGAGAGAGGGAAUGGGGAAGAGACAGUGUACCAGACCUCACUCCUUAGACCUGGGAACUCUCCUGUCCCACCGUCAGCCAGACCACACAGAGAAGGUAAAGGAGGCGGGGUCUGAUGAUGUCACUGGUGAUGUGGGCGGGUUCUGGCAGCAUGUGGAGACGGGUCUCCGUGAGCAUGUGGUUCGUCUGCGUUCUGAUUUGGCGCUGAGCAGACAGGAGAGCAGAGAGCUGCAGGAGAGACUCAUGGUGUCUGAGGCCACGGUCCACGCACAGGCUGAACAACUCAAGGACUACAGGGAACUGCUGACAGAGACAUCAGUUGAGCAGGACAAUAAGCAGGUCCAGGUGGACCUACAGGACCUGGGCUAUGAGACGUGUGGCCGUAGUGAGAACGAGGCAGAGAGAGAGGACGCCAGCAGCCCGGAGUUUGAUGAUCUGGAGAUGUGCACCCCACUGAGCCACCAGCAGGACUAUGAGCGUGCCGGGGUUUGGUUCCAUGGUGAUGGGGGGGUGGGUGGGGCUUAUGAUGAGGGGGAGGAGUCAGUGACAGGCUCUCUACAGCAAUUGGUCCAGGACCUGCGUUCUAAGCUGGCCCGCUGUCACAAGGUGAUUCGUGGGUUGCAGCUACGUGUGCGUUCACUAUCCACCACCAGUGACUACGCAUCCAGUCUGGAACGCCCCCCGCGCAAGGUGAACUGGGCAUUCGAGGCCUCCCCGGCCCCCGGGGGUGUGGAGGAGGAUGAGGGCUGGAUGUCCGACAGCCUGGGGCCUCGCAUGGAACCCAAGCCCAGCCGGGAGCUGCGAGAGCUGAUGUCCCGAGUGGCCUCACUGGAGGCGCAACUCAAGAGCUCCAGGCUGGAGGGGAAAGGAGGGGCGGUGGAGGAGGGGAAGUGUGCUACCUGGCCUGGGAAGUACAACACUCUGAUCCAGGCACAGGCCAGGGAGUUGUCCCACCUGCGUCAGAAGAUGAGGGAGGGCCGCGGCGUGUGUCACAUCCUCACACAGCACCUGGGAGACACCACCAAGGCGUUUGAGGAGCUGCUGCGUGCCAACGACAUCGACUACUACAUGGGGCAGAGCUUCAGAGAGCAGUUGGCACAGAGCACUGCCCUGGCACAACGAGUGGGCACCAAGAUCAGUGGGCGCGACCGUGCUGAGCUCCAUGAUGAUAAGAUGGGCCAUGAGCUGCUUGCUUUACGGCUGAGUAAAGAGCUACAGCAGAAGGAUAAGAUCAUCGAGUCCCUCCACACCAAGCUACAGCAGCGCUCCGACACCCCCUGCAGCAGCCAUGCCCACUCGGAGACCACUGACCAAUCAGACAGGACCUCCUUUGUGUCAGACGAGUGCCGGACCAAUGAGGACCUGGAGCUAUGCUCAGAUGUGGAUGAAGCCAGCGAAUACGCUCAGGAAGAGCAGGAACAGGGGGCGAGAGAUGGCCCAGGAAACACAGACCUCCACCACUCCCUCCCUCCACCCUGUCUUAAGUCCUCCAGCAGCUGUCCUAACAUGCUGUACUCCACCCCUGAGUUGGUCAGUCAGACUGGUCCUAUGUCCUGCUCCCUACCCGCCUCCCAGUCCCUCCCCGGUCUGUAUCCUAACCAUGACCCCUGGCAUAUGGCCUUUAACCCCCAGACCAGGACCUUGUCUAUGGAAGCGAUGCAACAGGAGCUGGUUACACUGCCCAGACAGAUGACUAUGAAUGAAAGCUUUGUGGUUCCGCACGCCAACGCUCUGUCCAACCUCGCACCAGCCGCACACCACCAGCCAGACCACUCCCCUUACGGCCAGAUUACCCAUCAUGCCUUUUACCCACACCAGCUAGGCAGCCGACCCGCGGGCCAAGCCCUGAAGGCCACCACAGACCUGGUGGAGAAUGCUGCAUUGUGGGAUAUGGAGAACAUGGUUCAGCCAGCCAGGGUUGGGUCAUCAGGAAACGAUUCAAAAAACAGCUUCACUGGUGUGGACCUGAUCGAAGAGCACCUGAGAGAGGUGCGGUGUCUGCGUCAGCGUCUGGAGGAGACCAUCAGGACCAACGAGAGGCUCAGACAGCAGCUGGAGGAACGCCUGGCCACCACCGGCCGCGACGGAGGAGCCCCCACUAACAUCUACAUCCAGGGGCUGGACUCUGUCAGCCAGCUGUCCAAUGAGAUCAGAGUCCUGAAAGAGGAGAACCUGGCUCUCCAGGCACAACGGCAGGCCAGCUCAGAUACGUGUGAGGAGGCGGAGCAGCUGCGUGAGGUGGUGGUGACGGGGCGUGCCCGCCUGAAGCAGGCGGAGCUAGAGGCGGAGCAGUGGAAGGAGGAGCUCCGGCGGCUGCAGACACGCAGCCAGGAGCAGGGACAGCAGAUACACACACUCAGACAGGAGCAGGGACAGCAGAUACACACACUCAGACAGGAGAGGCAGAACAGCCAUGACAAGAACAAUAGGCUCCAGCAUGAGGUGUCCCUGCUGCAGCAGCAGUUGUGUGAAAGCAGGGAGCUGCUCCACUCUCUGCAGAGUGAGCUGCAGGUGUACGACAGAGUGUGUGCCAACACCAAGGGCAACCAAGGGUACCUGUGUGAGGGCCAGUACGUUGGGGUCCCUGCCUUGCCCGUGGAGCUGGGGGAGCUGCUAGGGGAGGUGAGGAGCCUCAGAGCCCAGCUCCAGUCCAGUGUCCAGGAGAACAGUGUCCUGAAACAGAUGGAGCUCCACAAACACCUGGAGCAGAAGCUGGGAGGUGGGGUCCACGGAGGGGUGGGGGUCAUUGGGGGGAUGGAGCCCCCUCGUACCCCGUCUCUCAGUGCCCUUACAGACAGCCCCCAGAGGGACAGCCUCUACAGACGGCAGCUACUGCAUGACCCAGCUCCGUCUCCCCCGGUCAGAGACAUUGGGCUGUUUAACUGUGGAUCUCCAUACCACGUUCUCUACACAGACCUGGAGGAGACCCCGCUCACUGCCAAUGAUCUGGACCCCCACUCAGAGCUGGAGGGUGACGCCCCGGACGGCUCGUUCUCUAACCGGAACGGGCGCCAUGCCAUCGGGCACGUGGACGACUACAGCGCUCUGCAGCAGCAGGUCCUGGAGGGGAGGAAUCUGGUCCAGCGAAUGGAAACAGCCCUGCAGGCAUGCCUCAGCCAAUCAAUGCUGGAGGGCAGCCAGGACCAGGUCCUCCUGGACUAUGGGUGUGUGAGGAGUCUGCUGUCGAACACCAAGACCCUGAGACAGAUCCUAGAGGAGGUUGUGUCCCUGACGAAGAUGUUUUGGAGGGCUGCCCUGCCCAGCACAGACCGUUCCACCCAUAACCUUAAGAAGGAGCAGUGUAUGCAGGAGGAGAUUCUGUCUCUGAGAGGGCGUAUCUCGGAGCAGGGGGAGGUGCUUCAGGGAACAUCAGAGACUGAGGAGCACCAGCCGCACCAAGGAAAGCAUGGAGCACUUCAUCGUCAACCAGCUAUCAAGGACUCGCGAUGUGCUGAAAAAAGCAAGGACUAACUUGGAGAAGAACGAUCGGAGGAUGUCCUCUCUAAGCUCCUCCUCUUCCACUCCUUAUGCCGCUGAAGACCGAAGUCAAGCCAAUGAACGGCCUACUGAUUGGAGUUUCUUGAAGCAUGGUGACGCCCCGGCAAAGUCCAAUCAGCGUCCGGGAACCAGGAAGCGUGGCAGCCAGUGCCUGCUCCAGGUGCUGACCUGUUAAAGAACCAGCCAGCCCAACACCACGACCUCUGACCUCAACGCCAGAAGACCCCACAACCCCUCCUCUGCCUCACCCAUCACCCCAUCCACCUCUCAGCCUAGUCUAUAGCAUCGAACGUAAACCCUCAGAGCACUCCAUCCAUUCUUUCUUUCUCCACCAUUUCUCUCCUGCCGGCAAUUCUUGCCCAAGACUCCUGCACCUCGAGCCUUACCUGAAUUCUUCCUCCUUUAGUGUUCAUUCCUCUACCCUCGUUUGACUGUUCUUCAUUCAUCCCUUUAUUUUCUCCCACCUCCACUCACCCCUGUUCUUCUGUUGGUGUCUUUUAACUCCAGAGACUGUUGGUUCAGUCUGAUGUUUGCCUUGUGAGUGUGAAGAAGAAGGUGGUUUGAAAUGUGCCUCUGAUGGUAACAGUAAUGUGUGUCCUUGACUGCUGUAGAAGAAGUAGGAUUAAGCUGCCCCUAGACACUGAUCUAAGGUCAGAUUUGCUUUUUCCCGAAUGGUUAAGGUAAUGGGGAGGUUAAGCUGAUCCUAGAUCUGUGGCUGAGGGAAGCUUCUACCCAGAGCAUAGAUAGUGUGCUCCUCUGCCUGGUAGCUUUUGGACGGGAUAAGUGUCAACGCAUGUGAACUCAAGGCUUGAGAAAGGAAAUGUAUACAAACGUAUACACACAAAGUACAGUACACACACAUACAUACAUACAUGAUCAAUCAAUUUCUUUUCAAACAAAUCUUCAACUUCGAUUGCCACAGAAAUGCAAGCCUUCUUCUUGUGGCAUUUCACCAAUGAGGACUUUCUUUGCAAAUACAAUGCAAAAAAUACAAUGACAUCCACAAUCUAGCAUAUGUACAUCUGCUGGAAUCGCAGUGGAGGAAUGUAUAGGUGUAGCACUUCUAGGUAAUUGUGUGCUAUAUUUAUCUGUGGAGGAUGAUGCCUCUGAAUGGUCUGUCUGCCAUUAGCCAAGGCUUCUGGAUAGCAGAACAAAGGCCCCGUUCCAUUUCAAUCACUAGCCCCUUCCCCUAGCACCUACCCCAUCGGUGUUCCCAGAUCUGAAUGGACCAGAUAGGUGAAAGCAAUAUGGUUACGGCUCCACCUAGCCCUCCGAUGAUCUAACACUGAAUGGGUAAGGGCUAAAGAAGGCGCUAGGGGCUGAAAUUGUGCCGAGGCCGAACACGCGUAUUCAAGCUCCUCUUUAGGAGUCCUCAGACGAGCAUGUGCAAUAAUGAAUGUUGUUAUUUAAAUGAUCAUGGCAACGCCAGCUAUUUUUGCUUUUUGCCUGACACUGGAACUUAAGCAUUUAGCCACUCUUGAUAAGGUGAAAAAGAUCGUCAGUGCAAUGUUAUACUACUUACUAUCCUGAAUACUACUGAGUGAAAUGAAAUGUAGUUUUUGUGCAGUGUCGAUGCAUCCGAGAGGUUUUAAAAGGAACAGUCUCAACCUUUGUUCGUGGAACAGAGGAUCACCAUUUACUUGCCAAAGUUUGAACUUUGAACUCUUCGCAUACUUGUUUGCCUUACCUAUGCGAAUGACAUAGCCUACUAUAAGCACGAUGUGACUCUAUAGGAAGACAUCAGCCUCGUAUGAGACCAUCUAUGACAUUAUGAUGGAGAUAUAAUUUGAUUGGCUGCUCUUUGAGAGCCAUUUGAAGCAGAGACGGUAACUGUCAGAUGAUUGGUUCACCUUAUUUGGACAUGUGCUUUAUAAACGAGCACAUCUUGUCAUUAAUGGAACAAACCUUUCAAAAUGAGAAUCUUUCACACUAGGCUACUACUGCUUUGUGAAUUACAAAAAAACUAAAUUGGGCUCCUGUGAGAGAUGUACCACAAAACCAGAGAAUAUCAUUCUGGAUUGUUAAAUUUCCAUUGGACUUCUUUGAGGUAUUUGUCUUGGUUUAUGACCGUCAUUGCAUUCCAAUGGUGUUAUUGGCAACAUGUUCCUUAUUCUCCUACCUGUUCCAAACUUUGGCAGGCUACUGGUGGGACCAAUGUUCUAGAUUUCACAAUCGGUGAAGAUUGUCACACCCAAAGGUUUUUCUUCCUAUGCUGCUUUUGAUUGUUUUAAGUGUUCUCGCUGUACAUUUAGCAAUUUUCACGUUGUGAAUGACUUGUUUUUUUUCACUGUAUUCUGUUGACCUUUUUGUGUGUGGAUAAUCAUGUCAGACUUUUGCUCUACACGCAAACGUUGAAUAUCUGGGUAGCUGUGCAAUAGCUACGCACGAUCUGCUUUAUUUUGACGUUAACCGUCCUUUUAUUAAGAAUAGUUAUGCUUCCUUGAGUGUUUUCUCUUCUGCUUUGUAUGGUUUAUUAGAUUUUGAUUAUGCCAGAUUGUAAAAAAAUAGUCACAGCUAUGAAAUCAUAAAUGUAUGCCUUUUCUUAGAAUAUGACGGAAACCAAACAGUGGUAUUACACGCCCACCUAAUAUUAAGCUUUGGAUAGAUAAUGUUGCUUUGCUUGCCUUUAAAAUGUGCUCCUAACACUUACUUGGAGUGACUAGCGUUUGGUGUCUAUCCUAGAUAUAUAUCACAGUAGAUCUGCCAACAAGGUCUUGUUUGCACUCAACUCAAUUGAUAAUCCCUAGAGGUAAAUUGCCAAACAUUCUAAGAUAAAACCCCAUGCCGUGUGUUUCAGUUGACAAAUAAGGAUUUGAUGAGAAGAUUGAGAACGAUGAAGGAAAAUGAAUAUUUUAUACCAAAGCAGAAACACAAACCAUAGAUGUAUAGGAUUGUGUCCGAUUGGAUCAGAGUAGAACAGUACAUUUACCAGAGCACGUGAACAAUGCGUUGUGUAGAAAGGAAUCAAACAGCAGUAUUUAGCUGUGUCUAGUAGUACUUAUAUAUUGUAAAUAAUGCUAUGUGAUUGAAAUCGAAGAGCAGCUUGGUUUGCCAGGUUGUGUGUGCGUGAAGUGUGUGAUGAAGCUAACUAGGAUGCCGACACAGAGCUUGACUAUGGGCUCUGUCUCUGAAGAUGGUCACUGUGUGUGUGUGUUGCCACAGUGUUAUCACAGAGGACUUUUUGUGUUCAAAAAAUAAUAA